UCGAAUUAUUAUUUUUUCUCUCACUUUUGUUUUCUUGAAUUUUUAUUUACCAGGCGCGCUAAAAGCGCCAUUCAUCACAUCAGCUGAUCUCGUUUCCAUUUUUUUUUCUUCUGUUUCAUCGAAAAACAAAAUGGCUGCCAUACAACGAUUCUCAUUACUAUUUAUCAACAUUUGUCUGAUAUUAAUUGUCAAUCAAUCCAAAUUAUCAUCAUCAUCGUCAUCAUUUUAUCCAUAUUCGAUCUCGAAUUCUACAUUGAACGGAAACAAUAAUAGACAUGCAUCCGUGUCAUCAUCAUAUUAUAAUCGGAAUUCAUUUCAAUCUGCAUCAUCAUUAUCAUCAGCAUCGAUACCAUAUCGUCCGGGACGUUGUUAUCUGAAUAACUGUCUUAAUGAUGGUCAAUGUAUUUUGAAUCCAAAUACGCUGAAAUCUUAUUGUCGCUGUCAACCAAAAUAUGUUGGUUCAAGUUGUGAAUAUCAGAAUCCUUGUUUUGGUAUGAAUCGUUGUUUCAAUGGUGGAACAUGUCAACCAAUUAUUGCAACAGAUGCGCCACCAUCAUUCAAAUGUUUGUGUCCGUUAGGUUUUUCCGCCAGUAUGUGUGAAGUGGAAACACCAAAUAUUUGUCAACGUGAACAUCCAUGCCGUAAUGGUGGCCGCUGUAUACUACAUACAGAUCUGGAACAUUAUCAAUGUAAUUGUCUUUCUGGUUGGCGUGGUGAACUUUGUGAAGAACGUGAUAAUUGUGCAUCAAGUCCAUGUAAAAAUGGUGCCCGUUGUUUAUCACAUUCAAAUGGUACCGGUUUCACGUGUGAAUGUUCGAAUGGUUUCCGUGGUAAAACAUGUUCUGAAGAUAUUAACGAAUGUCUUGAACUUGGCGAUGAUUUGGCUUGUAAUCAAAAAGGAACUUGCAUAAAUGUUCCUGGAUCAUAUGUCUGCAAUUGUGAAGCUGGUUAUACUGGACAACGUUGUGAAACGGUUUAUAUUCCAUGUAAAACGGAUAAUCCAUGUCAAAAUGGUGGUGAUUGUAUUGCGGAUCAUCUUUCGAAAACAUAUCAUUGUAAUUGUCCAGCUGGAUUUACUGGACGUGAUUGUGAAAUAAAUAUCGAUGAUUGUGGUGGUAAUCUAUGCCAAAAUGGUGGUACCUGUAUUGAUGGUAUCAAUACUUAUACCUGUUUGUGUCCAUCGAAUUUUACCGGUUCAUAUUGUUCACAAGAUGUUGAUGAAUGUUCGCUGCAACCACAACCAUGCCAGAAUAGUGCAACAUGUGCUAAUACGAUUGGUGGAUUUAAUUGCAUCUGUGUCAAUGGUUGGACUGGACCAACUUGUGCUGAAAACAUUAAUGAUUGUGCGAAUGCACCUUGUUUUAAUGGUGCUACUUGCCAUGAUCGUGUUGGAUCAUAUUAUUGUCAAUGUCCACCUGGUAAAACGGGAUUAUUAUGUCAUCUGGAUGAUGCUUGUGCAUCAAAUCCAUGUCAUACUGGCGCAAUUUGUGAUACAAGUCCAGUGGAUGGUACCUAUGUUUGUAGCUGUCCGGCCGGUUAUAAAGGAACUGAUUGUAUGCAAGAUAUUGAUGAAUGUCAUGAUAGUGGUUCACCUUGUGAACAUGGCGGUACUUGUGUCAAUACACCUGGAUCAUAUCGUUGUGAUUGUGCCAUUGGUUUUGCUGGUGCCCGAUGUGAAGUUAAUAUUAAUGAAUGUGAUUCAAAUCCAUGCCAAAAUGAAGGCACUUGUCUUGACGAACGUGGAUCAUAUCGUUGUGUCUGCAUGCCUGGCUACACCGGUAUACAUUGUGAAUCAAAUAUUAAUGAAUGUCAAUCAGAUCCAUGUCAGAAUAAAGCCGUAUGUACCGAUCUAAUCAAUGGCUAUCGUUGUCUUUGUUUCGAUGGUUUUGAUGGUGUAAAUUGUGAAAAAAUCAAUGGUCAAUGUACGAAAAAUCCAUGCCGUAAUAAUGGUACUUGUCAUAAUGAAAUACAGAUACCGAAUCGUCAGGAAACAUCUGUGUGUACUUGUUUGGAUGGUUUCAGUGGCCGUUAUUGUGAAUAUAAUAUCAAUGAUUGUGAAUCCAAUCCAUGUUUCCAUGGUAAAUGUAUCGAUAUGAUUAAUUCGUUUAAAUGUAUCUGUAAUCCUGGUUAUACUGGAAUGUUGUGUCAAACACAAAUCAAUGAAUGUUUAUCAAAUCCAUGUUCAAAUGGCGGAACGUGUGUAGAUGAAAUAUCCAAUUAUCGUUGUGAAUGUCCAAAUGGUACAUAUGGUUUCAAUUGUCAAUUUCAAGAAAACGAAUGCUGGUCUAAUCCUUGUAUGCAUGGUGGUACAUGUCAUGAUAUGAUGGGAAAAUAUCGUUGUCAAUGUGCGGCUGGUUUUCGUGGUGAACAAUGUGAAAUUGUUAUUGAUCAAUGUCAAUCAAAUCCAUGUGCCAAUGGCGGUACAUGUUAUACAACAGAUUUGGCAAUCACUGGUUCGCCAUAUAAAUGCCGAUGCCCAAAAGGAUUCUAUGGUCCACGUUGUUUAUCCGAUUUGGAUGAAUGUGAUCCAAAUCCAUGUCUAAAUGGUGGCAUAUGUAAAGAUGAUGUUAAUAAAUUUCAUUGUCAUUGCAUGCCCGGCUAUACUGGUUAUCGUUGUGAAACAUCAUUGAAUCCAUGUUCACAAAUUUAUUGUCAAAAUGGUGGUACCUGUAUUAAUCAUCAAUCACCAUUUGGACAAUAUUCAUGGACAUCACCAUUCCAUUGUCAAUGUCGUCAACAAUAUUCGGGCAUCUAUUGUGAAAUUGAUAAUAGUAAAAAUUCAUUAAUGGAUCAAAAACGUCGUCAAGCAUGGCAAAGAUGUCCAAAAGCUGAUUUUUGUUAUGAACAUUUCUCCGAUAAUAUCUGUAAUGAAGAUUGUAAUAAUCGGGAUUGUUUAUUUGAUGGUUUUGAUUGUCGAUCAGCCAUAACGGAUCAAUCAGAUCAAUCAUCUUCACCGGGUAAUGGCCAUAAUCAUCAUCCUCAUAAUCAUCAACAACAACAAAACAAUAAUCCACAAAUGGUUAAUAAUCAUUCAACAUUUCAUUUUGAUCUUUGUAAUCGUGAUUAUAAUCCAUAUUGUGAAGACAAUUAUGCAAAUGGACAUUGUGAUCAUGGUUGUGACAUUGCAGAAUGUGCAUGGGAUGGUCUGGAUUGUGAAACCGAUCCAUCAUCCACCGAUUAUCUUCGCGGUGAAUUGAUUAUCGAUAUUAAUUUUCCAUAUAGCCAAAUGAAUGGCACGAAUGUUGCACAGAUUCCAUUACCAGUAAAACGUAUGAUAAGAAUGGUAUCAAUACUGAUUGGUUCAGUGUUACGAAUACGUGAUAUACGGGAAAACAAUCCACAUGGUACAACUAAAUUAAUAAUGGGUAUUGAUAAUCGAAAAUGUCGUCAAACUGGACAAUGUUUCGAGAAUAGUCAAGAUGUUGCAUCAUUUUUAUCCGUUUCACAGAAUAGACAAGCAUCACCAGUGAAACAAUUUCUACGGAAAUCUGGUAUCCAGAUGCAUUUCGAUGCCAAUGAUGAUGUUCGUGAUCGUUCACCAAUGGAUAAUGCUAAAGAUGCACAGAAUCUAACAUUCAUCGUCAUAUCAUUGUUAUUAUUGCUUUGUAUCGGAAUAUUACUUGGUGCAUUAGUAUCGAACAAUCGAAAGAAAGUUGCUCGUGGUAUUACCUGGUUUCCAGAAGGAUUUUUCACAAAUCAAAUGCCCAUCUCACGUAGUGCACGUCAUCAUUCAAAUACAAAUUCAACGGCUGCUGCUGCUUGUGGUGAUUUCAGCAGAUCACGUGGCCGUCGUGAAUCAAAUCUUCUUUCACAUUCAAAUUCAAUUCGAUCCGGUUGUCCGGAUGGACAAGAAAUGCGUCAAUUUAAAUCACCACGUGAUGAUUUGAUGGUGGAUGAGAAAAGUCAAUGUGCGGCUGUCAUCUAUGAAGAACCAUCGGAAUGUCGUUCAUGGUCCUCGGCACAUUAUGAGGCAUUUCAACCACAUGAUUCCAUGACACCACCAUUACCAACACCAUCGAUUGAUUCAAUUGGUCCGAAUGGAAUGACACCAUUAAUGGUUGCAUCAGCAUUUCCAAUGAACCUGAUGAAUGUUGAUAAUCCCGAUAUAUUAUGCGAUAGUAAUAAUGCCGUACAUGAUCUACUGAUGAAUGGAGCCAAUGUAUCAUUGACAUGUGAAAAAACACAUGAAACAUGUUUACAUCUAGCUGCACGUUAUGCACGUGCUGAUGCUGCUAAACGUCUAAUUGAAGCUGGUGCCGAUUGUAAUGCACAAGAUGCAACGGGACGCACACCAUUACAUUCUGCCAUUGCUGCUGAUGCACGUGGUGUUUUCGAGAUUCUUUUACGUAAUCGUACUGUUGAUCUGAAUGCCAGAACUAGUGACGGAACAACACCAUUGAUACUGGCUGCACGUAUGGCAAAUGAAGGAAUGUUGGAACAAUUAGUAUUACAUAAUUGUGAAUUAAAUAUUGCUGAUGAUUCUGGGAAAACUGCAUUACAUUGGGCAUCAUCAGUUAACAAUGUGGAAGCUGUACGUGUUUUACUUCAACAUGGUGCUGAUCGUGAUGCUCGAAAUAUACGUGAAGAAACACCAUUAUUUCUUGCAGCACGUGAAGGUGCAUAUCAAUGUGCGAAAUUAUUGCUUGAUUAUCAUGCUAAUCGUGAUAUAACCGAUAAUAUGGAUCAAUUACCAAGAGACGUGGCAUUAGCACGAAUGCAUACAGAUAUCGUAGAAUUAUUAGAUAAACAUGAACCAUCAACAUUACCGCCACCAAUUCAAGCUAUUAAUAAUAACAAUAAUUCCGGUAAUAGUAGCAACAAUGGUAGUGGAGGUGGUGGUGGUGGUGGUGGUAUAACAUCACCAAAUCCAAAUCGUAUGAUGAUGGUUACAUCACCAAUUCCGGUACAACAAUGGGGUACAUUGGGUAGAAAUACGGCACCCAGACGUAAUAAACAACAACAACAACAACAACACAAUCAUCAUAUGGCAAGUGGUCAACAUCAACAUCAAUCAAAUCUUAAUCUUGCCACUAGUAUUGGCAACAAAAACAACAACAAUAGCAAUGCAUCAUCAUCGAUAUUAAGUCCAACUGGUACAUUGAAAGGAACCAAAUCAUCAUCAUCUUCAUCAAAAAAUGAUUCAUCAUCAUCGACAACGAAGAAUGGAAAUCAAUCAAAUGUGCCACCGCCACCACCACCACCAAGAAAUUGUGUUGCACUUUAUAAUGGAUUACAUCAUUCAUCGAAUCCAUUGCAGCAACCAAUUUUAUUGUUAGGCUCUGGUGCACCAUCAACAACAACAUCGGCAACAUCGACAACAUCACCAACGACACCACCAUCAACCACAACAACAAUGGGUACUAAUUAUGAAAUUCUAACAUCAUCAUCUACAGCUGCAAAUGACAAUUAUUCACAACAUCAUCAACAACAGCAAACAUAUUCAAGCUCAAUAAAUUCUUCUUCUCAUCAACAUCAGGCAUCAUUUUCAUUAAAUGGAUCUCAACAACAACCUCAAACCUCAACAAAUCAUCAUGAUGAUGAUUCAAUAAUGACCAACACUGGUUUUAUUGGUCAUCAUCAUCAACAUCAAAUAAGUAAUAUGAGUACAGCAACAGCAAUGACAAAUUUAACAUCACCCACAUCCACUGCAUCAUCAUCAUAUUAUGGUCAUCAUCAUAAUCAUCAAACAUCACAAAUAUCAAAUCAUCAUCAAGAUUAUAAUAGUAUACAACAGCAGCAGCAGCAACAACAACAACAACAACAAUUGAUGGCUAUACAAUCAUCAGCAAUGAUAUCACCACCAUUAAUGAUAAAUGGUCAAACAACAACAACAAUAAAUAAUGGAUCAAGACCACCACCAGCAUAUAAUGAAUGUUUUCAUUUGAAACAAUUAUCAACAGCAUCGUCAAUGUCUAAUCAUCAUCAUAAUCAAUAUAAUCAACAACAGCAGCAGAAUAUUCACCAUAAUCAUCAUUUGCAACCAAUAGCUGUUGCACCACGACAACAAUUAUUACAGCAACAAUUACAACAACAAUGUGGUAUUGUAAAUGGUGGUUGUCAACAACAGCAGCCACCAACACCAACAGCAACAAUAGCACCGGCAUCAUUAUUAUCAUCACCAACAUCAUCGAAUACCACAAUGAUGGCAUAUCAUCAUCAAAAUAAUAAUCAGACUAUAUCAAGAAUACAACAACAACAGCCAUCUAAUAAUCAACAGGUAAACUCGACAACAACAACAACAACAACUUUAAUCCAGAAUCAACAACAAUCUCAACAACCACGGCCAUUAGAUUCAUACCCAACACCAUCACCAGAUUCAUGGGCAUCAUUAUCAACAUCAUCACCAUUAUCGGUAAUGAAUGAUUGGACAUCAGCUUCAAGUGGUGGUGGUACAACGACAACAUCAACUGCAGCAUCAUCUGUAUCUUCUUCAUCAUUAUCUGGAUCAUCAGUGACAACUGUUAUAAAUGGAACGGAACAACCACCACCAAAUAGUAGUAGUAAUCUAUUAUUAUUAAAUACAAAUGGACCACAACCAGGACAGACAGCAUUAUCAACUGUUACCGGCAAUGGUAAUAUUGGACAAAUGUUAUCAAUGGGUAUGAUUAUGUUAUCACCGACGAAUGCAACAUCAUAUCAAUCAGCAAUGAAUAUUCCAAAUAAUAAUCAAUCAUCUACAGCCACAACAACAACAACUGGCCGUCAACAACAACAACAGCAGCCACAACAAUCACAAACCGGUGCAAAUAUUUUGGCCACUACUGCUGCUGCCACCACCACCACCACCAUGACUGCCACCGAUAAUUCAUCAAAUAAUAACUCAUCAUCCAUUUAUCAUCAUCAUACACAUCAUCAGCCAAGAUUUCAACCAUCAUCAACACAGCAAGCUGUUUUUAUCUGAUAUUUUCAAACAAACUAAUUUCUAAUCAAUCAAUAUUUGCUCAUUAGAUUUUCAUUUUUUUUUCAAAUCACUCACUUUUAUCCACAUUUCUUUCUCCACUACAAUAACUCUUUGUAUACAUUUUAUUUUUUUUUAUAUAUAUAAAUGAAUGUCUCAUUUUUUUGAAAUAAAAUUUUUUAAAU